AAAAUUGGCUUUUGGGGUCUUACACGGCUGUAUAAUGCUGACUAAGUGACCCAAGAAUAGACUUUAUAAUUGGCCUUGACUUCAGUUGACUUUGUCUCUAUCGUAGCUAUUCUUGUUUUAGUAUAUAAUAUAAGAGACCUUCGAUUUUAACAUAUGAAUUAGAACCAACUCUUAACCCUCUCAAACUCCUCCAUUAUCCCCCUUCCCCUUCCUUUGGAUUUCCAUACAAAGUACCCAAUUUCAAAUCAAUAUGAAGAAAGUGGUGCUAAAGGUGGAACUCUAUGAUGACAAGAUCAAGAAAAAGGCCAUGAAGGCAGUAUCUGGUCUUUCUGGGGUUGAGUCAGUCUCUGUGGAUAUGAAGGACCAGAAAAUGACCAUAAUUGGGGAUGUUGAUCCUGUUGUUGUAGUGGGCAAACUUAGAAAAUUUUGUCAUGCUGAAAUUCUUUCAGUUGGACCAGCCAAAGAGGAAAAAAAGGAAGAAGCUAAGAAAGAGGACAAGAAAGAUGAGAAGAAAGAUCCAAAGGUGGAAUAUGCUGAACUUUUGAAGGUCUAUGAAGCGUAUUAUAAUCAAACUAGACAGCCAUAUCCAUAUUAUUAUUACAAAACUGUAGAAGACUAUCCUAGUGGCUGUGUUAUUUGCUAAGUCUUUAUGGAGUUUCACAGAGAUAAUAAAUGAGAUCAAGAAAAGAAGACUGUAGUUGGAGUUGGAGAGUUAUGGUUCAUUUGAAUUUUCCUUUUCCUUCUUUUCCUAGUUAAAUUUUGGCCUUUCCUCUUGUUUUAGCUCAGAAAAAAGAAGAAAGUGGUGUAUAAGCAGAGAAAUAUAAUUUGUACAUUAUUUUGUGGUGUAAUACAGCAUAUUCAAGAUUCUGGUUUCCUUAUCAUAGAAAUAACAAUUGAGAGAUGGGUUUUAAU